AUGUCCGUUCUCUGUCGUGCUCUUCUCGUUUUCUGUGUUCUGCUCGUCGUCUGUCAGGCGUACAGUCGAAUGGAGUUGGAGUAGGUUGCCAGAGAUCCGAGGGGAGCCGACCGGUUGAGCUUUCAGGGACCGCAUGCAGAUGUCGCGUUUCCAAGAACCGGGAAAAGGGGCCGCCGGCGCGUACGGAGAGUGAGUUGCGAGGCGAUUUGUUCCGAAAACCGCUCAAACUUAAAUUUUUUCCAGUGACUCGUACCUCCGCUACCUCUCCGAGUACCUCGGCCGACCAAUGCAACGCCGUUCGGCCGGCCCGACGAAUCCGAACACCAUGUAA